AUGGAUCAUUCGGAACUUAUACAAGAAAUGGUGCUGUUAGAAAAAAUGACAGCUCAAGAAAGACUUAAACAUGCACGAAGAAGACGACAACAACAACUUAAAAAUUGGACACAACGAGAAGGUCUAUCAAGUAAUAAUACAACAAUAUCAACAGGUACAAUUAAUGGUACAACAACAACAGGAACAAAAUCAAUGAAAUCAUAUUCAAAAACAAAACAAUCAUCUGUUAAAUUUUCUGAAAAUGUUAUUUUAUUAGAAGCUACAUCACGUCAAGAUACUGAUGAAGUUCGUCAACUUCUACAAACAGGAAAAUAUAAUCCAAAUGCAUCCAAUGAAGAUGGUCUUACACCAAUGCAUCAAUGUUCAAUUGAUAAUAGUGAAAAAUUAUUAAAAUUAUUAAUUGAAUAUAAUGGUAAUGUUAAUGCAAGAGAUCGAGAUCUAUGGACACCUUUACAUGCUGCAGCAACAUGUGGUCAUUUACAAAUAUGUCGAAUUUUAAUUGAAAAUGGUGCUGAAUUAUUAGCUUUAAAUGCUGAUGGUAAUAUGCCAUAUGAUAUAUGUGAUGAUGAAAUAACACUUGAUUAUAUUGAAACACAAAUGGAUCGUAUUGGUAUUACACAAGAAAUGAUUGAUAAAACAAGAGGUGAAGUUGAAAAUCAAAUGUUAAUUGAUUUACAAACAUUAGUUAAAAAAAAACCUCAAAUAUCAUUACGUUCCAUUGAUGAUGUACUAUCAUAUCGAAAUUCUGAAGGUGCAACACCGUUACACAUAGCUAGUGCAAAUGGUUAUUCAGCAGUUGUAGAAUAUUUAUUAAAACAAAAUGUAUCAAUUAAUCUACAAGAUAAUGAUGGUUGGACACCAACACAUGCAGCAGCAUUUUGGUGUCAACAAACUGUUCUUACUCUAUUAAUCGAUGGUGGAGCAGAUAUUUAUGAAAAAAUUCCUGAUGGUCGUUCAGCACUUGAUCUAUGUGAUGAUCCUGAUUUACGUACAUUUAUGAUCGAUUUUCGAAAACAAAAAAUACGUAAUCAAGAAAAAGCAGCAGCCGCUGCAGCGGCAGCAGCUGCUGCUGAAUUACAACAAAAAACAAAUCAUCGUCAAUCAACAAAUGCAAAUACUUUAUCUAAUGGAACAACAUCUCGAACAGGUACAUUAUAUGAAUCACGUUCAAGUGUAUCAUCUCCAUAUGGAAGUGGUUCAUCAUUAAAUCGAACAAGUUCAAUACGUCGUGCAUCAAUACGUGAUCGUGAAAAAGUGAAAAAAUUAAAUGAAAAUUUUUUUGAUGUUUUACAAGCAAAAGAUAAAAUACAAGAAGAUGCUGAUGAAACAACAGCUAAUGUUCCAACAACUAAUGGAAUAAUAUCACCACCACCACCACCAACAACAACAACAAAAUUAUCAACAAAAGAAGAACGAACAAGUAGUGUAACAACAGCAAGUGAUUCAACUAUACGAGAACCAACAACAACAACGACAACAACAACAACAACUCCAAUUAAAAAAUCAAUUGCACCCGUCAUUGAAUUAACUUUACCUCCAUUAAAAGUUCCACCACCAUUACCACCAACUCAAACGACUGCUGAUACAUUAAGUGAUGUUAAACGACGACGUGAAGAACGACGUCGUGGUAUUGGUGGAUCAUCAUCAACAACUGUACCUCCUGUUGUGACUUCUCCACCUCCAACAUUACCAAUGAUUGAUACCAAUCAUAAAAUGAAUAAUAAUAAUAAUAAUAAUAAUAAUAAAAUAUCAAAUGGUAUAUAUGGAUUAACAAAAGAUGAUCCAUUACAAAGAUAUACAUCACCUAAACAUAUCGAAAUUCAUGAUCAACAUAAAAUUGAUGAUGUUGAUCGUGAAAAACGAAUAUGUUGUACUAUAUUGUGA